AUGGCGCGGCUCAUUUACGAAAACAAGUUAAUGUUGAUGAGGUUUUGUCAGAAAAAAUAUUUAAUGAACAAAGUAACAAAACAUUUUGAAUGAUUUGUCAUUUUGUUUGGCGGAGACUUAAUAGCUUUUUGUGGUAAUUAAAGAGAUGUCGGAUGAAUAAAUUACGCGAAACUGGGUUUUUCAUUUUACACAAAAAAGAUCUUAAUUGUUUGUUAUGUUAUUUUAAGGUGUAGAGAAUAUUGAAUAAAACGAUAAAACUAGUCGGAACGUAAACUUUAGGAUCAUGAUGUUGGUAUCCACAAUAUUCAUUCUCUGUCUUCUUUCUGUCCAGGUAGAAGUGCAAUAUAUGAAUGAAUGUGACACGACUUAUCAUCACUGUCUAACUUGUGCCGGAGUUCCUUACAACUGUGCUACGUGCCCGAAAGGUUACUACCUGGCGAGAGGCGGGGCUUACUAUACGUGCAGAUCAUGUCCGCCUCAGUGUGAAGAAUGUGAACAUUAUUCGAUAUGUUCCACUUGUUAUAUGAAAAAUCAUUACGGAGAAGAUUGCCAGAGUGUUUGCAGUAAAGGUUGUCUCAAUUCGACUUGCGACCAAUUAGCGGGUACAUGUCUGUGUAAAGAUAAUUAUGAGGGUGGACACUGUGACUACUGCGCGAAAGGAAAAUAUGGAUAUGACUCCAAUUGUACUAUGGAUUGUCCUGCUAAUUGUUACACAUGCAUUUCGGACAAAAAUUGCACAGAAUGCAAAGAUGGUUACUAUGGUAACACGUGUAAACUUUCCUGUUCCAGGGGGUGUUAUUUGGGAAGAUGUAGUCAAAAUAAUGGCACGUGUUACCAAAACAGAUGUAAAUCCAAUUUUGAUGGAAUAAAUUGUACCGAAUGUUCCCUAGGACGAUUUGGAAAUGAAUGCAAGUCCAUAUGCCCUGACAAGUGUAUCUCUUGCUCUGCGAGAACAACAUGUGACAAAUGUAAAGAUGGAUACUGGGGAAAUGCAUGUGAACAUAAUUGCUCCCAUGGAUGUUUAGGUGGUGUUUGCUUGAAAGAAUCUGGGAUAUGUCAGAACAAGACAUGCAGAUCCGGCUUUUUUGGAGAAAUAUGCGACAGAUGCACUUCCGGUAGUCAAUCUUUAAACUGCAUAAACGAAACAAUGCUUGACCAAGACUCAUCCGCAAGUACAAUAGAUUUUCAAGUGUGUUUAUUAGUAGUUUUUGUGAUGUUCUGCUUCGUUGACGUUACAGGGAAGGUAUUAGAUAUGAUAUGAAACAUGUGUCAAACAAUGGACAUCUGGUCAUGAGCAAUUGACAGUAGAAAAGUAUUUCGAGAUAACUACAGAUAUGGUCAAAUGUUUUUCACUUUUCGGAAACACACAUUGUAUAAUCACACUAAGAAGUGUUAUGUAUAUGUAAUUUCCCCUAGGGCUAUAUUUUAUUGAUAACUUAUUGUUUACUGACCUAAUUUUGAGAUAUCAUGCAGAUUGUUUAUAUUCUAUGGUGUUCCAGAAAGUUCUACACAAUACUGAUAAACAGGGUGUGACAAUUAUAUUUAAAUGCUCAUAAUGCCUUUGUUGAUAAUGUGGCUGCCACAGAUUUUGUUAUGAACAUGUAAUAUAUUAAUUACUUGUUAAAUCCUAUUUUUAAUAGUUGUUUUCUCCAGUAUAUGUCGAAGGUUUGAAUAUUGAUUGACAUGGUAGAAAGUUUUAUUGAACCCAUUGUUUUUAAUUAUCUCCCUUUAUGGCUCUUACGCCAUUUGUUCAUAUGUAAUAAUGAAAGUAGUGCUUUUCUAACCACGUAAUUACGCAUAACAUUUAUGUAGACACAUGGCCCAUCAGUUUUAACAUUAAAUUUAAAGCCUUAUGGAACUUUAAAGUCUGGAUUGUUCUUGGUUUUUCCAGGAUCUUCGUUUUAUUCUUGGUGAUACAUGAAAGUUCUGGAACCUUCCAUGAUAUUUAAAAUUAGAAGCUGUCUGAAGACAGGGUAGAACCUAGAAGUAAGAACUUCUUAAAAACUUUCAUGUAUUUCUUAAUAUUACCAGUUUGGAUAUUUUACAUUUAAAGGCUUACAUUAAAAUUGUGGAUUUAAACAAAAAAAUCUUUGAAGAGAGGAUUUAUAUUCUUUGGGCAUACUAAAUUCAGUUUGAAUUAGGGAACAAUUUAGAAUUAUUACUUGUUUGGAUUCAAAUUUGACCAGGGCUGGAUUUGGACUAUUCUUGCUUAUUAGAUUGGAUUUUACGGCUAUUUGAUAUUUUUAAAGGUAUUUGAAUUGUUACUUUUAUGAAUAGAAUUUUGUUAUUGUUAAUAGUUGCUGGUUUGUUUUUCUAUUACUUUUACUUAUUGUAACAAGCAAUUAUUGCCCUUUGACGUAACAUAUUGUAAUUGAUAUUCCAUUAUCUACUUUACUACUGAAAUAAAUUGACAUUAUCUAUAAAGAAGAUGAAAGGGAGGAUCAGAUCACAAUACAAAAAGUAACAUAGUUAAAGCGCUUUCGGUUUUAUGAACCGAAGACCAAGAGAAACGUCCUUCACUUGUUGCUUUAAUACAGAAUAUAUUGAUAAUGUAAUAUUGCAAAGUAAAUGAUAAACAGGGGUUCUAUGAGCUAAAUAGGAUUAAUAUUAUCUGUAAUGACUUACAGUGCCACACUUUUAACCCAACCAAUUGUUUGAAAAUAUGAAAUAUUCUCUACACCAGGGUGAAACAUGCCCGUUAACUACUAUGUUUUGUCUACGAUUCUAUAUUUCAAAAAAAUAGUAUAGUUAUAUGAUAUAAUUGUUUUGUUAAACAAAGGACAAAAGUACAAUUAAAGAUUUCGUCUUUACUCUGUGAAAUCAUUUUACGUUGGCUCCACGUUAGACCUGUACAAUGUUUUUAUUUGUAUACAUAUUUAAAUAUGUAUUCUGUUUUACAAUUAAAAAACAAAUUAAUUAAAGGAACCGAAAAGAGGCUGAUUAAUCGAAAUAAAUCAUGCUUUGAUAAAGUCCAGGAAACUUAUGACAAAGCAAUCAAUCAAGAAAUUAUUUUAACUUAAUCUCAUUAACAACUCUAUUGCCCUAUCUCCGUUGUUAUUCAAUUACGUAGCACAAUUUCCUUUUUCAUGCAGGUUGUAAUCUAAAAUAUAAAAAGUGGAAACCUAAUACUAUCCCCUUAAUACUGAGCGCCAAGCGAGGAAGCUACUAGUACCAGUCUUUGGUAUGACGCGGCCAGGGAUCAAACCCAUGACUUCCCGCACUCGAAGCGGGCGCUCUACCACUAGGCUGCUGAGGCGGUCGCGUACAUCCAGUAGGGAAGAUUUAAUGUUGGUUGAUGUUAUGAUUUUGUUCGAAGGUUUUUGUUGCAUUUGCACAGACUGUAGACCAGCAGGGUUAUAGCUGGUCCUGACGUCAAUUAUCUGAUACAGUUGCAUGUCAUUGUGACAUGUAAAGUUUCGUUUUGAUAGCAUUCUUACUAUACUUUGUGCUCAAAUAGGGCAGCUGGUCGUUUAUGUUCAUUUCAAUUAAAACUUAACAAUUCAC